GCUGUGGUCACACUUCCAAUUCAAUCCGUUUUUAUAUUUUUGCCGGUUUUCGCAGAAAAAUAAAAAAAACUUUGCAAGGCAAGUACUGAUUAGACUUGCUUAUCAGUCGAGUGUUCUUGGGUGGCAGAGCACAGAACAGCAACAAUGAAAACUGCAAAUCACUGCGUAGUUUUAAUUAUCGUCGCGAUUGUCGCAGCCUGCAGCAGUGCAGCUGACGAAGGGGAACGCCCCUAUAGGCGUAGCUUCAUCAAUCCGUAUCCACGAUACAAGUUCUUCGAGGAUGGCGUCGAUCCCGGCGAGCCGCUGUUCCUCACGCCCCUCAUUCUGAAUUCCUCCAUCCCUAGGGAGCAAGUGCAGAAGUUGGCCCGCGUCGUAGGCUCCCAGUAUCAUGGCGUUGAGAGCUAUUCGGGAUAUCUGACGGUGGACAAGGGAUUCAAUUCGAACAUGUUCUUUUGGUACUUUCCCGCGGAGGAGGAUGCAGCCUAUGCACCGGUGGUGUUGUGGCUCCAGGGAGGUCCCGGCGCGUCCUCUCUCUUUGGUCUGUUUACGGAAAACGGCCCGCUGGAGCUGGAUGCCCAUAGCAAGCUGCAGAAGCGAAACUACACCUGGAGCAAGACGCACAAUCUGAUCUACAUUGAUAAUCCCGUGGGCACGGGCUUCAGCUUCACGGACAAGGACGAGGGCUAUGCCAAAAACGAAAAGGAUGUCGGUCGCAAUCUUCACGAGGCCGUGAUGCAGCUGUAUGAGCUCUUCGAGUGGAGCAACUCGAGUGGCUUCUGGGUAACUGGUGAGUCCUACGCUGGCAAAUAUGUCCCAGCGCUGGCCUAUCACAUCCACAUGGUGCAGAAUGCCAUCGAGACGCGCGUCUAUGUGCCGCUUAAGGGUGUGGCCAUUGGCAACGGGCUGUCGGAUCCACUGCAUCAGCUCAAGUACGGCGACUAUCUGUAUCAGCUUGGCCUCAUCGACGACAAUGGCCUGCAGAGCUUCCAUGAGGCUGAGGACAAGGGGGCCGCUUGUAUCAAGAACCACGACAUGGAAUGUGCGUUCAAUGUCUUCGACUCUUUGAUCAACGGCGACCUCACCAAUGGCUCGCUCUUUAGCAACCUCACGGGCUUCAAUUGGUACUAUAACUAUCUGAAAACGCACGACAACUCGGGCGCCAACCUGGGCAAUUUCCUGCAGGCCGGUGAAACGCGUCGCUCCAUCCAUGUGGGCAACAAACCCUUCCAUGAUCUCGACAAGGAGAACAAGGUUGAGCUGCACCUGAAGAACGACGUGAUGGACAGUGUGGCCCCAUGGAUAGCCGAACUCCUGGCCCACUAUACGGUGUGCAUCUACAGCGGCCAGUUGGACAUCAUUGUCGCGUAUCCUCUGACCAGGAAUUACCUCAAUCACCUGAAAUUCCCUGCCUCCGAUCGCUACAAGGUGGCUCCACGCGAGAUCUGGCGCAUUGACGGAGAGGUGGCUGGAUAUGUGAAGCACGCUGGUCAUCUGGUGGAGAUAAUGGUGCGCAAUGCCGGACAUAUGGCUCCUCACGAUCAGCCCAGGUGGCUCUACGAGAUGAUCACCCAUCUGACGCACUACAAGCAUUAGCUUUACCUAAGCGGGUACACUUAAAAUUGGCUUUUAAAUAGAUUUCUAUAUUUGUAAUGAUCUUAUCUUAAAUAAAUCAUGUUGAGUUUA